CCGUAAGCUCGCUGUCCGCCUGGUUGCCGCACACAGAAGCUUACAUCGCUGUCACCUACUACUGACCAUGUCCCUAGAGCAGCUGCCGAGCUUUUUUGUCCUCUCAGGAAAACACACAGACUUAUCAGACUUGAGCUCCGGUGAGAACAAUCAAGUGAAGCGUAACAUGGAUCACAACAGGCUAUCCGCUGCGUUGACACCGGUUGCUUCACGAAACCCUUCUUGUGAGGUUGAUGGAGUUACUUUGACAAACCAGGUGGAUACCAGCCAUGCUGAAGCAGAACAAGAACCGAUCGAAGAUCUCCCCAAAUCUAAACCUACGAACAUACGGCUACGCACCAACGAACAACUUCACAGACGUCACAAGAAGUCCCAGUCUGAAUAUGUCUUAUCACCUUUGCGUAAACGAAAGCUCAGCGAUGCCAACGCGCAUCGAAGAUCAUACAUCGUUGAGAGCGUGCAUGACAUGUUUUCAGCAGUCCGCCGCUCACAGAUUUUCUUGGAAAGAGGAAUAACGGAAAAGGAAGAUAAUGCGAAGUCAGCCUCGCCCGAACAGAUCGAGAAUCUCUCAAAAACACGACCGAUCCAUAUCGAUCGUAGAUCGAGUCGUCUGAAGGACCAGCUGAAGGGUGCUGCUAUACGUUCCAGCGUAUGUAACAAGCAGUUUGUUCCCCAGAAUCAUCUGUGCGACAUUAUCACCCAGAAGUCUGUUGAUAACGAGCUUGCAAGGUGGGAAUACCUUCCGCGCAAGAUCCGACACGCCCUCAGGAGGCCGACAGAUGUACCAAUCGAAGCCAAAAGUACUGAUUCCCUUGGCAGUGGUAAGACGUAUCGGAAGAUUUUUGCUAUCCUAUUAGAACUUCACCGACCGUCUCUGAUAUGGUCAUUUGUCGAAGAUGGGGUCUGCGACGACGAUCUCCCACUUGUGAAGGAGCAUUCCUCCAGAGGUACGCAACCUCGUUACGAAUUGCGUCGAGCCAAAGAUCCGACGACGCCACUUAAAUGUUUCAAGAAAUGGACCUUCGCAGGUGUCUCGGAGUUUGAAGACCGCCAGUGGAUGUUUUUGGCGGCAUCUUUUGAUAAAUCAAUCGAUAGUGACGACUCACACCAACAACUACAGGUCGAUCACAUCCUUCCCUUCACCAAGUGUGCCAAAGCACGGAAAGGUGGAUAUGGCAAGGUGUUUGAGACCGAGAUACACUCAGGUCACCACGCCUUCAAAGACAUGAAGGAGACCCGUUGUGUGGUAGCAGUCAAACAUCUGUCAGCGACGGACAGUAAAGCCGCCCAACGAGAAGCUGUUAUACUAAGAAGUAUGAGCAAAAGACCACACGCACACCCACAUGUCAUCUCCCUCCUGGCCACUUACGAAUAUCGUGGGGAAUUUUGUCUCAUAUUCCCCUGGGCUCAUGCAGAUCUUGAGAGACACUGGAAAGAUAACCGUGGGCCAUACGGUAGUGAUCCAAGAAUGGCGAGGUGGCUGCUCGAACAGUGUCUUGGAAUUGCCCAAGGACUUUACGAAAUCCACCGUUAUCGUACAAUUCCGAAAACAUCCAGUCUUUGGAAAGCCUCACACACUAGGGGAACUUCUGAUGUUGCAUUGAACAUCGGCUCACCACAACUCUUAUUCGGCCGACAUGGAGACAUCAAACCAAACAACAUCCUCUUUUUCCCCGAUAGUGGUUCUACUGUUGGGGGCGUUCUAAAAAUCACAGAUUUCGGAAUCACACGGUUCAGUACGGAUGAUAGACGGCUCUCCUUUCACGACAACGAACGUGUGCCUUACACGCCCACAUAUCAAUCGCCCGAGUGUCUUUUAAAGAAAAACAUAAGCACUUUAUGCGAUAUAUGGGCUCUCGGUUGUGUGUAUCUUGAGUUUGUGCUAUGGUUCCUACGCGGAUACGACCACGUCGAAAUGUUUGCGCACAACCGCAAAGAGGACGAUCUAAGCGAUGCUUUUUUUGAGAAAACUGGGAAAGAUCCAGAUACGGGAGCAAUGAGGGUGCAAGUAAAACCUUGUGUCACCGAGUUGAUAGCGGACCUUCGCUCUGCGGAAUGGUGCAGCACACCUUUCCAAAAGUUACUUAGUCUCAUCGAGGACAAAAUGAUAGUCCGAAGGGACGCUCAAACUACAUCAGCCGCGCAAGUACGCCCGGCUGGGAUAGUAACUGAUCGAAGCAGCCCGAUGAGAAUUGGCUCUGGCACCCUCGUCAACGAACUUGGAGCCAUACUCGAGGAACUCAAGAGUGAUGAAGCUAUUGUUUCGGCAUCUUGCGCUAUAUAAGAAGUCUAACAAUCAUGGCCAGGCCCCACUUCAUCUUUUCAAGUCCGUCUCUGGGUAGUCUGUGUACCGUCAACUCGUAUACACGAGCCGAGUUUUGUGAGAGCGUACUGGUAACUUAUCGGAAACAAAGGCAUUGUAUUAUUCUCAUUAUAU